AUGGCGUCUACUCCUCCAAACCUCAUUCGGGGACUCCUCAGAGCGUGCCUUGGCGCAAGAUAUCUAGCGCACACGAGCAUGCUCCGCCGCGCGUGGAAGCCAGUCGUUGCAACCGUCGUUGUCGGCACUCCAGCCUAUAUUUACUACAGCAAAUACUACGCGUCAGCUCCGCCGACGUUCGACCUUCCUGUCAGAGUCAAAGGUCCAACAGGAAAAUCCGAAAUGGUAUCCCGAACGUUCUCUCUCCUCUCUGGGAAGGAGGUUGAAGAUCGAAUACGGGGCAAUGCAACCUCUGAAACUCAAGCACGUCCAGAUGGUAUUACUUGGAAGUAUACGACAGCGUCACUAGCCUCAAACGACCCAAUCGAAGAUGCCAACGCAACUCAAAUCGUCCAGCGUGAUGCCUCUGACCCAUCCUAUCCGGGAGAUUACUUAUUCUUCGCGGUUAUGGACGGCCAUGGUGGCUACGAGACUUCACGUCUUCUUUCUCGCAUCUUGAUUCAAGGAGUCGCUCUGGAACUUUCUGCUUUAGUGAAGGACCCUAAAGCAGCAGCACAACCGGGAUUGCUCAGCAGAGUAACGUCUCUAUUAUGGCCAACCUCUCCACGAGCACCUUUGGAUGCCGACCCAGCACGCGUGUCGCAGGCGAUCGAGCAAGCUUUUACGAAACUGGACACGGAGCUCCUCUCAACCCCGCUUCGUGUCCUCGCGAACAGCAUGAGUCAAGAGAACUGGAAGACCAAAUCAAUACCAGAUUUGAGUCAGCACCCUCUUGGACUAACGAGCAUGCUACCCGCCAUCUCUGGUAGUUGUGCACUACUGGCUGUUUUUGACACGUCGCACCGUGAUUUGUAUGUAGCCUGUACGGGCGACAGCAGAGCUAUUGCAGGUGUGUGGGAGCCUUCGUCGGACGGCCAAGGUCAAUGGAGAGUAGAGGUCUUAACAGAAGAUCAAACUGGACGGAACCCGUCUGAACUGGCCCGCAUAAGAUCAGAGCACCCGAAAGACGAAGAAGACUACGUGAUUCGCGAAGGACGCGUUCUUGGAGGUCUUGAGCCUACUCGUGCUUUCGGCGAUGCACGCUACAAGUGGCCUCGUGCAGUCCAAGAAACACUAAACGAGGCCUUUAUGAUGGGUAAUGGAACCCCAAUGCGGCCCCCACCUUCGCUGUUCAAGACCCCUCCUUAUGUGACCGCUCGUCCUGUUGUUACACACCGAAAAAUGUCGCUUCUCCCGACCGCUGGCGGUUCGGAACCGUCAGAGAGGCGGCACCGAUUUUUGGUUCUCGCUACAGACGGACUAUGGGAUCAGUUGAGCAACGAUGAGGUGGUUGGCCUAGUUGGGGGCCACCUUGCCGGCCUCAAGGGCACCAUACCAAAGUCAGAGCUGCCAGAUCUCGUUCCGACCUCCUCCGGUGCCCAAGGGGUGAACGGCAAGAAAAAGGCUAGUGGCGGUAGCAAGGAAGGGUCAUGGGCAUUCGCCGAUGAUAACCUCAGUGCACAUCUGAUUAGAAACGCGUUUGGUGGAGGUGACCAGAUCGCUCUUCGUCGCCUGUUAAGUAUACCAGCCCCUUAUUCUCGGAGAUACCGCGACGAUGUUACCGUCACGGUUGUGUGCUGGGAAGAAGGAAAGGAGCGAGAGGCACAGAUAGUCACCGAAAAGGCCAGACCUAAACUCUGA